AUGGACGCAGCGCAUCGCUUUACUUAUUUCGGAGCUUUGCCCCCAGAAUUACGACUGCAGAUAUGGACGGAAGCGCUUUCGGUGCCAUCCGUUUGGGCUGUGAAUCGUAAAGCAACCGCAACCAACAACGCCAACAAGAGCCAUCUGCCCCUCAUCAUGAACCAUGUUGGUCCGGCUCCCUAUCUAGCAGGCCUCGCUUGCAAGGAGUCGCGGCGGCUAAUGGAACAAUCAUACGCCAAGCCCAUACAUAGACCAACGUACUCGGCGGCAAGUAGUGCGAUUCAUUGGAUCGAUCUGCAAAAAACGGUCGUCUCACUCGGGGACUACCGGUCCGCGGGGGCUUUGUUGGAUGCGUUCACUUUCGAAGACUUGGCAAGAUUCCGCCAUGUCGUUCUACAGUCAUCACGGUUCUCUGAUAUAUUCGCAGACAGUGCUUUCCACCUUCCCAAAUUAGACAACAUUGAAUGA